AUGUCUUGUUUUACCCAGGACGGUAUUGACUUAACGUUUGUGUCGGCACAUGUUGUGUUGGGUCGAGGGUCAGAAUUAGUAGAUGACACGCCACCUCACCACCGCCACCAGACUCAACCAAACCUAAACGACUCUGAGGGAUGGUCGUCAUGGUCGGACUGGUCACUGUGCUCUCGGUCGUGUGACGGAGGCGCUGCUGUACAGACCCGACGAUGCCUUCACUACGCUGGCUGCCGAGGGGACUCCGUCAGGUACCAGUUGUGCAAUGUUGACCCUUGUCCUGCCGGGAGCCGCGACUUCCGGGCGGUGCAGUGUGCGGAGUACGACGGCCUGCCACACGAGGGCACCAUGUACGAGUGGGAGCCAUCAGAAGGUAGUGACCCCUGUGCCCUCACCUGCCGGGCCCGGGGAGGAGGACCCAUCGUAACCCUCAAUCCCAGGGUCCAGGACGGUACCAGGUGUGCUAAGGAGUCUCACGAUCUCUGCAUCAAUGGACGCUGUCAGAAGGUGGGGUGUGACCUACGGCUGGGGUCACAGAAGGUGGUUGACCAGUGUGGGGUGUGUGGUGGUGACGGCUCCUCCUGUAACAAGCCUUCCUACUACUGGGAUAAGAAGCCCAAUGGUCCCUGUUCUGCUACCUGUGGUGGAGGCUACCAGAUGUUGUCGGCAGUGUGUGUGGAGAGGUCUACAGGCAGGCGGGCGGCGGAGGAACUUUGUGACUACACGGCUCGACCCAUCCCCGUUAUCCUGAACUGCAAUGAUGACGCCUGCCCCACCAGCUGGCAGACAGGAGAGUGGGAGUCAUGUUCUGUCUCUUGUGGUUCGGGUUACCAGCUACGAGAGGUGUACUGUGCAGAGCCUCGCAACACUAGUGCUGUACGUGUGGGUGAUCACUACUGCAGUACUCCACGCCCACGUCACCGUCAGCCCUGCAACACACACGACUGUCCACGCUGGUACGACGGCAUCUGGUCGCAGUGCUCAGCGACGUGUGCCGACGGAGUUCAGACGAGGGUUGUCUUGUGUCGGGACGCCCAUGGCCGCUCCUCCCGCUUCUGUGACCACAACUUCCGCCCGUCUGACACACGCCCAUGCCGCACGGGCGUCUCUUGUCCCCUGCCCACCACUCUCGCCCAUCCCAGACACCAGCCCUACACACCGCCAUGGUGGCCCGAGGAACAGGACGUGUUGGGAAGUGAGGAAGGUGGGGCGCCUCUCAUACCCCGCCCCAGAGCCCUCAUUGUGGACCAGCAGCAGGUGCCUUCUGAGCCUAC